AGAGAGCCUCCAUUGGAAGCAGCCCCGCGCUCUACUGUUCCUGUUAGAACCCUAGAUCUCCUCACCCGAGCUACCCCUCUUCCCGCCGCCCCAUAGUGUGUCCAUCUGACGCGUUCUCUACCUGCUCGCCCUCUCCUACUACGGGCGGACCGCACAUCACCAGCCUUCAUGGAACCGGAUGAAGAAGGGGGUCACCCCGGCCUCGACCUUUCGUCCUUUGACCCCGCUUGCCCGACCCCAAGUUCCAGGACUUCACUUCAAAAAGUUUGUUCAAUUAUAUCUACAUUUAACGAUAUUAAAUGCAGACUUGUAGUAGAAAUUGGUUUUGGUGGCAUGUUGCGUCUGCCCGCUAUUUCUAAGCUCAAUUUGAAAUUCAGCACAUGGCUCAUGAGCAUGGUAGAUGGGCCCAACAGAUGCAUCAAACUAUCUCAUGAUAGAUCCAUUAGUUUCUGGCCAGGGGAUAUCCACAAAGUUUUCGGUAUCCCAUGUGACAACCUAGACAUACAAAUCAUUGAAUAUCAACAAGCAGAAAGUUCAGUUCAGUUUUUUAGAUCUGUCUUGGGUAUGCCUGAGAAGGGGAAUCAAGUGCUCAAAUGUGUUGAAUUAGUUAUAAUGAAAGAUCUAAAUGAAUCAACUGCCAUCAAUUUAGAGAUUGACUGUUUCAAUAUGGCUUUCGUGAUCUUUUGCAUGGGCCACAUCCUGACCCCGUCCAGUAAGCACGACCAUGCCAUCAUAGAUUACUGGUCAGCUAUCGCAAACACAGAUAAAAUUACAGAUUUCAACUUCUAUGAUUAUGUGUUUGCUGAUUUACUGGCGGCUUGCUGGAAAGUAAAGCAAGACAUUCAAAACAAUAGACCAGUUACUCACUUGAUGGGAUGCCACCUUUUUUUCCAGACCUUGGCAUGCUAAACCUGCCUCACAAUUCGUACCCACGCAUAUCCAGCUUCGAUGAAUCGAGGAUCAGGAAGAUGAUAAUCCAGUGCUCUAAAAUUGGCCCCGGGCCCCCAGAUUUCUCCGUAGGCCAGAUACGUCACCAUUCUCAGAUAUGCUACAUGCGCUCUGUUUGGGAUUCAAAAACUGAUGCAAAAUAUGAUGGCAUCAAAGAAACCACUUAUUCCUUCAAAAAAACUAUCGUUACAGAUAGUCCUCAACCCGUUUCUGCUGGAACUUCUUCAUUCUUGACUAACAUUCCUACCCCAUCGGAAUUCUGCAGCAUCCUCAAGUCUAACUACCCACAAUUGGCACAUUCCAAGCUCGGCAUACUCCUCAAUCAGCACAACGCUAUUUCAUUUAAAUCCUGCAAUGAAUUGAAGCGAUCCUUUCAUGAAGAGAACACUAGAUUUCUUCGCAGCCUUCUGUCCACCUUAUCUAAAAGUUGCAUCUGUUGCACGCUCCGUGGGACAACAUGCAUUGCACAAGAACUGCAGCCACCUGAAAGCCCUCUUUUAUCUAAUUUGUACCGGCAUUCGAAGCAGCAGUCUAAGUCUGAAGGCGCCACAUCUGCAGCACCAAAGGAUAAACAUAAGGCUGCCAAUUCGUCUUACACUAUUAAUGAGGUCACACCAUCACACAAGAAAAGCAGGAUAAACUCAUAUGACGCUGAUGACGAUGUUACUCCAAAAAUCACGAAAUUGCAUCAACCAACUGAAGAGUCCAAAUGUUGGGCUGACAGCCUAAUAGGCGGCAUCCUCAUGUUCACCGAUGAGACUGACCCGCCUGAAGAUGCUGUCGUAUUUACUCAGAUCUCACCAUUCAAACCAACCCCCGUAUCUACCUUGCACACAUCUUACGCUGAUUCUCAUUGGACUGAUGGUAGAUUACACAUUCAUCCACCACCAGACGUUCUAAUCGCGAUUCACUCAUAUUUUCGGAACCACCCUCCAAGUGAACUUAGCUGCCCGUGGAUUACACAUGCCAGUCCCCGAUAUUGCUCUCUGGCUGGUAAAACUAUUGUCGACCAGUUGUAUGGAUCCAAGCUUCUUGACCACGAAGCUUGUUGUCUCAUAUUCCUCCGUUUGAAUCAGAUUGAUAACAAAUUGCUAUACCCUGGAUCCACCCCGAAAUGGCGCCGUUACAUCGAAGCUGAUUUCUCUACUGAUGUACUCGCUGACGAAAAUGUAUGGGACAUGGUAUCUGUCCAGAAACAAUUCAUCCCAGAAUAUAUAAGCCAACAACUGCCGAACACGCGCCUAUUCAUUAUCCCAGCUUACCUUCAGUCUGGAUGGAGUGUGUAUUGUUGGGACAUGAAGAGGAAGAUCAUCCACAUGUGCGACCCACUGGCCGAUGCUUCUUCUUACACUGCACAAAAAUCCAGCCACCUAAUUAUUGCAGAAAAGCUUCAUGAUGCCCUCUUCACCUAUUUGAACAAGUUUUCCAGGUCAUGGCAUGUUGACGUAGCUAAUUGGAAGAAAAACUUCCAGUUCCUUUCGGCCACAUUGUUUGACCGCAACGAGAGUGGCGUCUGUAUGAUUCACAUGGCUCGUUACUUCAACGGCAUCGGUCUUGCUACAAAGCU